UUUAUCAGUAUCGUCUGCUAGUGAGCAGAUGUGCAGGUAGUGGUUCGUAAACAUUACGGUUACUGUAAAAUCAUCAAUUGGCUGGAUAUCUUCUGAAACGUAUUAGGAAGGAAUAAAUUUUGCCAAACAAUGGCUUCUGAAAAUAAAGAAAAUCAAGAUCAAAGCAACGAAAAAAUGGAAACUUCGGAUAACGAAACAGAACAGCCAACAAUUGAAAAGAGAGACGAUCUGACAGUGUACUUUGAAAAACGAGAUCAUAGUGUCAAUCAACUGCAUCAAUCUGAGGUUCCACAAAUCUGUAAGGAUGAGCCCUGCCAGCUCGGAGUAGAUGAGGCUGGCCGUGGUCCCGUCCUCGGCCCCAUGGUUUAUGGUAUUGCUUAUGCACCAUUGUCAGAAAAGCAGCUACUGGUUGACAUGGGUUGUGCCGAUUCUAAAUCACUGACUGAAGAAAAAAGGGAUGCUAUUUUCGACAAGAUUUGUGACAAUCGCAACAAAAUGGGCUGGGCCAUUGAUGCCAUUUCCCCAAAUUACAUAGCCAAUUGCAUGUACAGACGCACUAAGACCUCACUAAACGAAGUAUCCAUGAACUCUGCUAUUAAUCUCAUAAGAAAGACGAUCGAGGCUGGUGUUUUCAUUGCUGAAAUUUAUGUGGAUACUGUAGGCCCAGCAGAAAAGUAUCAGGCCAAGUUAGAGGGUAUAUUCCCUGGUAUCAAGAUAAAAGUCGCCAAGAAAGCUGAUUCGACAUAUCCAAUUGUUAGUGCUGCUAGUAUUUGUGCUAAAGUGUCCAGGGAUCAUGCGCUAAGAGCUUGGCAAUUCAAGGAUACAGACAACGAGUCAUCAUAUGGCAGUGGCUACCCCAAUGAUCCACUUACUAAGACAUGGCUUGCCGACAAUGUCGACGAGAUAUUUGGUUUUCCACAACUUGUAAGGUUCAGUUGGUCAACGGCGGAAAAAAUUCUUUCGAGUAAAGCAGUUGAAGUCGAGUGGGAGGAUCCAGAGGAGGAUGGCUCCUCGACAGACACUAAAAUUUAUCAAUACUUUUCUGCAGGUCCUACCAAGAAAAAAGAGACUGAAAAAAAGAGGCACGAAUUUUUUUCCCAACGCCUUCUUUCUAGUGCUACAACGUUAUAAUUUUUAUAUUGUUUUUUAAAGAAUCUAUUUUUACUGAUUGAUUUCUUAUGGCUCAAUCGAGCGUUUUUAUAAAUAAUAGGUAGAUAUUAAGAUGUGCCUUACAAUCCAGUUACUAAGUGUUUACAGUAUUUAUUUAAUUAUACUCUUGAAUGACAUGUAUUUAUAAGAUUUAGUAAACAAAAAAAUUUUUUUUCGAUAAUAAUUUACAUUGUUUCCUAUUUGAUUUUACAUGAAUGAAAAAUCGGAUCAAAAGUGCAAAAAAAAUUCAGUAGUAUCAACCAAUUUAUGAAUUAUACGAUACUGAAUUGGAUAUGUAUACGAUU